GUAGGGAGCACAAAGAGAGGGACAGAGGGGAGGAGGACUGUAACUCCGCCUCCGGACUCGAUCAUCUCACAUUCCUUAUUCACAGCCCCUCACGUUAGAGAAUAAAGAGAAAGAGAGACGAAGGGCACACGAUUAAGGAGAGCAAAACGACCAUGGCAAUAUUCAAAACGUCUGAGCUUGACAUAUCUGAUCACAGCGCAUCUCUAAAGUCGACUUGGGCAUGGAGCACUCGCACCAUACACAGAGUUCAGCAGCUGAAUGACGUUGCACCUGAGGACAAAAUGAGGGUGAUCUUCAUCCAGAACGCCGGUUUCGUCGCUGCUUUCUCGGGAGGCAAUGACGCUGAAGGUUUCGCCUGUUAGUUUAGAGUUAACGAUGUUGGCAGCACUUUCACGGUAGAUUAUGUGAACGACCCAGAAUAAACGAAAGACUGCGAGAUAGAUAAUGCCAGUUACUAUACGGAUAACGAGAAUAGAAUAGCCCGAUGUUUUAAUUAACCUAAAUAUGUUUUCUUUUUGGAUUGCUCAAUUUUGAGCACCAUUGUCCAUACCCGAGGAGACAUCAAUCGAAAGUGGAUUCAGCUUCUGACAUGCAUUGGUCUGUCGAAUUCUGAAUACAUAUUCAGAGGACUGUUGCCCUAGAAUAUACCUUUAUAGUUAGACAUGCAUAAUAUACAUUACAUUAUGUAUCAGACGCGUCAAGAUAGAUGAUGUCUCCUUUGUAAUAUUUAGCUUUUUUAUUUAAUCAUAUAAUAAUGACUCACUCUUAUAAGGCGACAAAUGGAUGAAUAGAUGUGGAGAGAAUUCUUUGAUCAGAAAAAAAUGAACAAAGGCAGUGAUCAUUAGACAAUCGGUAUAAUGUAUAUGUUUAUUAAUAUAAUAUUUACGCAUUGUUCCUUGUAAUUUAUUGUAUUUAUUACGACUAUUAUUAGGCCUAUAAUAAAGUAUUACUAUAAUAUCAAUAUUUGUAAAAUAUAGCUUAGUUUAAUAUCUUUAUCUUCGGGAAGUUAGUUUUAAUACUUCCCUAGAGAAGAUGGAUACAGCUUUUCUCUCGGCCCACCGAGGGCUGACCCGUCCUGAGUCCAAACAAACCCUCACCUCAUUGGGUAAACCAUCUGGCGGUGACCUGUCCCCUCCACCGCUACCUGUCGGUCAUUCAAUGGCAGAGACACCGGCAGCUGGCGAUGGCAGCAGGAGAAAUUCAGGCUUCAAGAAACACCACCACAAGCAUAACCUGAAACAUCGCUACGAAUUGCUCGAGACUUUAGGAAGAGGGACCUAUGGCAAAGUAAAGAAGGCAAUUGAACGGCACUCAGGGAGAGAGGUGGCUAUCAAGUCCAUCCGGAAGGAGAAGAUCAAGGAUGAUCAGGAUAUGGUUCACAUCCGCAGGGAGAUAGAGAUCAUGUCAUCCCUAAAACACCCCCACAUCAUCUCUAUUAAUGAAGUGUUUGAGAACAAGGACAAGAUCGUGAUCGUGAUGGAGUAUGCCAGUAAGGGUGAGCUGUAUGACUAUAUCAGUGAGCGCCGGCGCCUGAGCGAGAGAGAGACGCGACACUUCUUCAGGCAGAUAGUCUCUGCCGUGCACCACUGUCACAAGAAUGGGGUGGUGCACAGGGAUUUGAAACUGGAAAAUGUGCUACUGGAUGAAAACUGUAACAUUAAGAUUGCUGACUUUGGACUGUCCAACCUCUACCACAAGGACAAACUGCUGCAGACUUUCUGUGGCAGCCCACUCUAUGCAUCACCGGAGAUAGUCAAUGGAAGACCUUACUGCGGCCCAGAGGUGGACAGCUGGGCUCUGGGGGUGCUCCUAUACACCCUGGUCUAUGGGACCAUGCCGUUCGAUGGAGGAGACCACAAGAACCUCAUCCGCCAGAUCAGCAACGGAGAGUACAGAGAGCCCACCCAGUCCUCAGAUGCCCGUGGUCUGAUCCGCUGGAUGUUGAUGGUGAACCCAGAGCGGCGGGCCACGGUGGAAGACAUCGCCAACCACUGGUGGGUCAACUGGGGCUGGAAGAGCAGCGUGUGCGACUGCGAGACCCAGCGGGACAAUGGCACCUCCUCUCCCAUGCUUGCCCGCUUCAUUGACUGGCAGAACCGCACAGAGCCCUGGCCGGGCAAACCCACCGCCCUGCUGCCCCUGGUCCUCCGCCAGCGCCCCAAGAAGUCCAAGAAAGAGAACGAGGUGGGAGAUGGGCCCCACGGUGGAGGGGAGGGGGAGAAGCCCGGGCUGAAGAGGCCCAAGGGGAUCCUGAAGACCCGGCUGAUGGAGAAGCAGCAUUCGCCCAGCCUGGAGGAGGUGGAGCUGGGGAAUGGUGGAGCGAUGAUGGGCCUCAGGCCAGCCGAGGGAGAACCAGGCUGCUCUAGCCCCGACAGAGAGGAGGAAGAGGAGGAGCCCGCCCUGGCAGGGGGCUCACCGGCCAAGAUGGUGCCCACCCUUCCCAGGAAGGGCAUCCUGAAGAACAACCAACAACGGGAAUCAGGGUACUACUCCUCCCCGGAGCGCAGUGAGUCCUCCGAGCUGCUAGUGGGUGCCACCAUGUCCCUGGUUGCUGCCUGCAGCUCCCCGCCCAGGAGAGUGGUGGGGAGGAAGGGCAUCUUGAAGCGCAAUGGGAAGUAUUCCACCUACAGCGGCCCUCCCUCAGCUGGUGCUCUCGGGGACCCCUCCCAGGGCGACUCUGGCCUGUCCCGUAGCCAGAGCCGUCCAUCCAGCAUGGUGUUGGAGGAUGGCUUCGUAUCCCCCAGGCUGUCCCCCGACUGGCCCCCAACCGCCCCCCACCGCCCCAACAUCAGGGCUUGUGUAUCAGCCGAAAAUCUGCUGCAGCUGGCCAGUUUCAAGGGCUUCCAGGCAGCCCCUCUGCUCCACGGGUCAAAGUUCAGCCGGACCCCCAGACUGCGGGGGUCCCCGGGGGACAACGGCAGCUUCUCCCUGCUGGGGGACCUGGACGACAUGACUCAGGUGUACCAGCAAGCCCUGGACAUCAGCAGCAACCUCACCUAGCCGAGGAGGGGAUAGAAGAGGCAGCCAGGUGGCCAGGCUGAGGCUGUAACAUCUGUCUCUGUUGGUGUGUGUGUGUCUGUGUGUACAUGUAUGUGUAUGUCAUUGACGACCAGUGACCCGUAUGUUGCUGAGAUAGCCUACCUAAACCUUUUGGAAGGUUAUAGUUUUCUCACUGGGGUUCAAAUCCUUGUUGGAAACUAUAUUAUACACACACUCAUACAUACAAUACAUGACUAUUAUGCACUUCUCAGGCCAAAGGACAUUCAGUUAGCAGGGUUUUCAAACGACGUGAGUGGAGUGAAUAAACAACUGGCAUGAGAGAAUGCCGCCCAGCCUUCCUCCUCCAUCCGCCCGUAGACUUUGCUGUGUUCAAAUGUUUACAUGUUCAGCAAAAGGCAAGUUAGAAUCACAUACGCAGCAACCAGAAACUGGUUGGCUCUCGAAGCGAACCACGAAUUGAGUUUGAGUUUACAAAAGCACCUUAAAACUCACACAGAGCACAUGUUUUUGUGAUCUUUUACUUCAUGUAAAAAACAAACCAGGGUCUUGCUCCAUAAUAACUGACGAUGUUAACUAUUUAUUAAUAUUUGCGUAGAUUUAGUAUGAAUACUAAACUGGUGGGUUCUGGCAGUACUGGAAUAGUCCAAAGCUCAAUGUCUCCAACCCUUUGUGUGGAUUGUGGAACUGACAUAUAUAAUUGUUAUGUUACCCAAGGAGGUGAAACAUGUAUACAUGAUGUAUUCAUAUGGCUGCAUAUGUAAAAAAUGUGGCUAUGUAUAUCACCAUAAAAGCGUAUGUCCUAUAUAUGAGCAUAUGAUAUUAGGGAAUAUGUAGGAAGUGCCUUUUAGGAUCUAAAUUAAAUUAUGUAAGUCAUUUCCUGAAAGUGGAGCAGGGUGGAUGCAGGCCAACCUGUCACCAUUUGUGCUAUUUUGAUUCUUAUUCAUGUGAAUGUGGUGAGAGACAGAGAGACCUAGGACCUUAACGGAACACACUGUGGUCUAUUGCAUUACAUAGUCACAGGUCAGGGGUCACACAAUGGCCUAUAGCCUUACACAGCCACAGGUCAGGGGUCACACAAUGGCCUAUAGCCUUACACAGUCACAGGUCAGGGGUCACACAGACAUUAAACAGCAGUUGAGAUGAAACAGUCCCGUCUCCAUCCCAAAAUACACACUGUCAGGAACAAGAACCAAGCCCAGAGAGAUGACAGAGUCUUAAACAAUUAGGCUUUUCGUGCAGUGCUUUCUUGCUUGAUGUGUCAGCAGUUUGAUGAUUUGGUUAAACACAAGGCCUGGUCAGGCCAGCUCGAGGGGUCUGGAGCUGCUCACCUUAGAAGGUAGAUGGCCCAGACACCCUCUCAUAGGCCCGGAAUGUUCCUGGCAAAUAAACAGCCAUGUCUGUGGUUGUUUUGUCUGUAUGCCUGUAGUGCAGUGCUGGAGUUGCCUCUGCUGAGGCCUUCUCACUCAAUUGGCAUAACUUGGCUACAGAGUCCUACCAGCUGGAAAUGGCAGAGAAACCCUACAAGUCGUGUACACAAUGCUCAGGUUGUUAUCUGUGGAUAUUGUUAUAGCCUAGUUUAAUUUGAUUAAACUAUCCCCCUCCAACUCCACAAAGGGCUUAGUAGAAGGAUUUGUUUCAGUGCUCUGAUGACACUGCACUUUCCACAGACAAUGGCUGGAGACGUGUUGGUGCGGGAGAUGUUAUCCGCACCAGUCAGGUGGGUUCUGUGGUCUGUGCUGUCAGGUUUCCAGCUGUGUGUACAGAGCCAUUUUGUCAAAUAAGCACCAUUAGCCAGCUAUUGGUUUUAUUAGAGGGAGGUAUAGUGUAGUAGAGAGAAACAUAAUAAUGGUAGAGAGAGGUAGAGAGUAGUAGAGAUUUUAGCGGGAAACAAGUGUUUGAAUGAAAGAGAAUGUUCUUAGUGAAGGUGAGAUUUGAGAAGCCUUUCCUGUCGGAAAGGGUGAAAGAGUUGAGUUGCUGAGUUGAAGGAAACAGAGAUGUAGACUAGAGAAAGUAACAGAGAAAGUGAGUUCUGAGUAGAAUGGAAGGAAAUGGAAAGUUUUGUAUUUAAUUUUUUUUUACCAAAUAUGAGAAGAAGCUUCAUUGAUGCAGGGGGUGAAAUGGAUUGGGUACUGUAUGUGCCCCUGGAACCUUUAUGAUAGCUGGGAAACCCCAUCUGAAAAUGAAUUCAUUUUUGCAACAAUAAUAGCCGGACAGGCUUUUAUUAUGCUGUCACUUUUUUGUUAAGAGAUUGUUUUAGGCCAAAAGCUAGAGGCUGGCAAAGCAACUUGUGUCAUGGGCUGAGUGUGUUCUAUGGAGUGUGUUUAGAAUGGCCUUUUAAACUGGGAUGGAGAGGGAGAUCUGUGACUGAUACAUUGAUUAUACUGUAUCAUCAGAAUAUGUGUAUGGAAAACCAUAGCAACCCCCAAGCAACAGAAUUAACAUGUUGAAUGAUUUCAAAGGUCCGCUAGUGCAAAGUUCUGGUUAUUGAUUGAAACGACAGACCCGUUCUGUAUUAUAUUGCAUUUUAUUGCCCUUUGUAUUGCCUUUUAUUGUCAACUGGAUUUACAGUGAUGAAAUUAUACUAUGUUAGUAUUUUGUUUUAUUACGCUUCUGUUUUUGAUUCUCCAAAAUAUAGAAACUUUAUAUUGCUUUAUGUUAUGGCAGAAAGUAUUUCUUCCCUGAGUUUGGCCGUAAGAGAUCAGGGGACUGAUCUGAUGUCAGUGAGAUCUCAGUGUUUCCCCUGUUUUUGGUACACCUGAGGGGUCAGAGCAGCUGACCUGAGUUCAGUCAUGUUGCAGAGUGUUUACCUGUGAACUUACAUCAAAUCAAGAGUCAACUUACUAAUACAGCCUGGUGGCCCAACCCCAGAGAACAGGGCAUUUAAACCUACCCCCUCCCAAAGAAAGAGGUGCCCAUUGACACCACCCAAAGGGGAUAUCCAUGGGUUGUUAUUAUGACAGUAAUCUUUCUAAAAUGCUAACACAUAUUAAGCAACACAGAGAUAAACACGUACAUGUAUGUGCCAUCACAUUGACAACCCCUUGUUUGAUCCCAAAGAAGUAGUCAGAGUCCAUCUGUACCAAAGCAAGGAGAUCCGAAACGAAGGAAUGACAUCAGGAGAAAACAAUGGAGAAAAUCUGAUUAAAUUCUCUAUCUGCCAAACUGGAAAUAACUGGUGCAUAUACAUUAGUUAGUAGCAGAAAGUCUAAGCAUAGGAAAACCUGACUGGAUAUUGUUAUUAAGACAGUAAUAAUAGUAUUAUUAUGUUAUUUAAGUAUUAUUUUUGUUGGCUAUUGCCACGGUUAUGAUUUUGUUUUGGUAUCAGUUGAUGAACCUGGUAAGUAACUGCUAAGGUGGUUUAAGUUGAGUGGCGUUGCUAUGUUUUAUGAUCAUGUUUAAUUUUAUGAUAAUGAGAAUUAUUAUCAAGGUGUUUUUUAUACUUGUAUUUAUUGGUGAUAAAGCCAUUUUCAUUUGACGUAUAAAGCUACUCUGUUCAUGAUUUGGCCUGCUUGUGGGUGUGUUGACUGCAUAAAUGGAGAGAUAUCAUUGUUUCAAUGCGUAUAGCAUUGGGGGAGUGAAGAUGACAUUUCAUUGUGAAAGCGUUGGUCAAUAUAUCAUGGUCAAGUAUACCAAUCAGAUUUCAUCAUAUAUGACUAAUUCUUAAGAAAUGUUCUUGGAAGGAACCAAACGUCAUUGAUCCCUCUACUUCAAACCAUGCUUCUGUAGUACUGGACCAAGUCAAAUAAAUGGAUCACGUUAAAGAA